CAAAAGUGUGUCGCCGUGUUUACGUUACACCGAGGGCAAGAUGGCGGAGGCAGAUCAAAAAAAGGAAGGCUCUUGCACUUUUUUGUUCAAAAAAUCCACAAAGAAAUUUUCAGGACGAAAAAGACAAGCCAGUGACAGCGAUAAAGAUGACAUCAGUGAUGAAAACCAGAGCUCCGUUGUAAGAAGGGGCAGGAAAGAAAAACGAGAUAAUCCAAUGAUUCAAAUGUCCAAGAAAGUGGAGAAGGAGGCUGAAUCUUCCAGUGAAAGUGGCGACGACCAAGAGGACAAGAUAACGGUGUCCUACAAGUCGUCACGCUCAGCUAAACCAGAAGGUCCAGAGGACAUGGGUGCAACAGCGACAUAUGAACUGGACACGGAGCGAGACAAGGAUGCUCAGGCUAUCUUUGAGAGGAGCCAAAAAGUCCUGGAGGAGCUGGAGGGCAAGGAGGAUGAUAAAAUCUACCGUGGCAUCAACAACUACCAGAAAUACAUCAAACCUAAAGACACCACAAUGGGCAAUGCGUCCUCAGGCAUGGUCAGGAAAGGCCCGAUUCGAGCUCCGGAACACCUGCGAGCCACAGUCAGGUGGGACUACCAGCCAGACAUCUGCAAAGACUACAAGGAGACCGGCUUCUGCGGUUUCGGAGACAGCUGCAAGUUCCUUCACGACAGGUCCGACUACAAGCACGGCUGGCAGAUCGAGAGGGAGCUGGAGGAGGGAAGAUACGGCGCAAAUGACGAGGAAAACUACGAGGUGAGCAGCGACGAGGAGGACUUGCCCUUUAAGUGCUUCAUCUGCAGGGAUUCCUACAAGAAUCCUAUCAUCACAAAGUGCCGCCACUACUUCUGUGAGGUCUGCGCUCUUCAGCAUUACCGCAAGUCCAAGCGCUGCUACGUGUGCAACACUCAGACCAACGGCGUCUUCAAUCCCGCCAAGGAUUUGCUGGCCAAAAUAGAGAAACGCAAAGCCACGGGCGACAUGCCGCCAUCAGACGAAGAGGAUUAGCCUUCCCGCGUUAUCCCCUCCUGUUUUUGUUGGUGUACAUUUUAAAUAAAGUUGUAUUUUGUAGGAAAUAAA